AGUACGUGAGAUCACGUUGGUCGAUGAAUUAAGCGCAAGUCUAUGAUCUGUCUGCCUCUCUGUCUCUCUGUUUUCUCCAUAUUUUUUUAUUCCCUCUUCUUCUCCUUAUAUCUCUCUCCUUCUUCUUCCUUCUUCCCCUCCAAACCCUCCCUCUCUUCCUCUUCUCUCCCACCUCUACUUCAUGCAAAUGGCGAUGCCAAGGGGUUUCUGAACUUUUUUUUUCUUUUUUGGUGAAAGGAAUUGAGGAUAAGGAAAAGGGAGAAGGAGGAGGAUGACGAUGAGCGGCAAUAUUGGGCCUUUUGGAGAUACUACACUGACCAAAGUUUUCGUUGGAGGAUUAGCAUGGGAGACUCCUAAGGAAGCCAUGAAAGAACAUUUUGAUAAGUAUGGUGAGAUCUUGGAAGCUGUGAUUAUCUCUGAUAAGGUCACCGGUAGAUCCAAGGGCUAUGGAUUUGUGACGUUUAAGGAUGCUGAAGCAGCAAAGAAGGCUUGCGAGGACCCUACUCCCAUCAUCAAUGGCCGCCGAGCCAACUGCAAUCUGGCUUCGCUUGGUGCUCGACGCCCGAGGUCUGCUGCUCCAGCGGCGACUCAACAAGGAUCCAAAGUUGGACCGAGGUCCGCAUCAUCGGCACUAGCAAAUCACGCGCAGUGGUAUUAUCCUGCGGGUUCACCUGCAUCCCCAUUUCAUCAUCAGCAGCAUCAGGCCAUUCCCUUUUAUGGGUACACCCCAACUUAUGUUCCAACUGAUAUCAGUUACAAUCAUAAGCUGAGCUACACAGGCGGGUCCUACAUGAACGGGCAUUUCUCUCAGGUGUACCCAGGGCAGCCUAUUAUGGGUGCCAAUGCAAUGAUGCCAGUGUACCCGCUUUAUCACUUCCAUCAAUCACAAACAAUGGGCCUACCUGCCCAUAUCUUUCCGGUUCCCACCAACACCAGCGUGGCCACAGUACCCACCAUAAUGUCCAAACCCCCAUCACUAGCUCCUAGCCCAGAGACAGUUUGCAUGGCCGUGGAAUAGGUGAAGUUGGCAAAGGGGAAAGCUUUAAAAAGAUUGGGUAAUGGCAAUAUGAAGGAAAGAGAGGAUGGCAGGCAGCUGCUGCAGAACAACAUUAUUAUAUUUUCUGUUGUGGCUCUUCUUUUCUUUCUUUUUUUAUUAAAAAAAAAAAGUUACUAUUAUGAUUCUUAGGUGUUUGAUAAGAUUCUUUCAUUCUCUUGUGCUCUAUCUCUUAUGAUCUAACUGAACUACUAGAGGAAAAAAAAAUGUAACAGAAGUCUGCAGUCAUGUAAUGUUUACCCAUAUCUUAUGGGUUCCUUUCUGAACUUUGCUGCAUUAAAGCCUGCAUCUUCCAAUGA